UUUUGUUUGUUUCUUUGUCUGUAAUGAUUGAUCCACAGCAUCCAUCCAUCCAUGGAUAUGGCUUUUUUUUUUCUUUCUCAAUGAAAUUUUCACUUUCUGUAUAUAACGAAAUGUAUGUGAACUCUGUCAAAAUCAAGAGUCCAUUUCGUUGAUGAAAAAUCAUUACCUGAAUACGACAGGCAAGAAAAGCUUAUUUUUAGAAAGGCUGAUUUUCUUUGUGAUUCGCCCCGCGGGAUGCACAACGUUGAGUAAUAAACACGCUUUUGCAAGGUUGCACAUUCAAUUUAUAUCACUUGCCUUUAUUUUAUAUAUUGAAUCAGCUCCAAGGUUGGAAUACCGACUCUCUCCCGCCCUUCCCUUCGACAUGCAGCGUUCUUCUCUGGAGGAUGCUCAGAACCUUGAUGAUGGACCGUUGUUUCGAGCCACCCUUAAACAACUCGAGAGCCACACCGGGUCGCUCAAGCAGUCCGUUAAGCAUAUUUUGAAGGCAGCUACCGCGGCGCUGGAAGCCAAGAAAGCCAUGCUCGAUGCCGAUGCCGAGCUCCUGACCGCAUUGCGCGGCACCUCCGCCACCGAGUCCCUGUUUGCAAGUUAUCUCGAUGAGGCAUGGCCCAUCAUCCAUGAGCAGCGACAACGACUGCAACACUCCAUGCAGUCACUGCUCAUCGAUCCACUGCAGAAACUGUACGAUCUCGAUAUUAAACGAGCGGAAGCACGACGGCGGCAGUUUGAGGAUGAAUCAAAGGAAUAUUACACUUAUUUGGGAAAAUAUUUGAGUAUUAAAAACGACGAUAAGAAGUUGCUGGAAAGUGAUGCAAAAUAUAGUGUUCGGAAACGUCGUUUCGAUCUUAUGCGAUUCGAUUACUAUUCGUUUUUAUUGGAUUUACAUGGCGGCAAAAAAGAAUACGAACUCUUGUAUCAUGUCCUGAGUCACCAGCAAAAAGAGUACCAUUGUUUCCAAACCAUUGCCGCCGCUUUGAAUCCCCUCAAAGUCGGUCUCGACGAUAUCGCCCAAAAGAUGAUCCAGGUAUCGCGCGAUCAGGAUCAACUCCACAAAGAUCGCCAAGAAAAACGCAAAUUAUUGGAAACCAGAGACAACGCAAGCGUCGAUCAACUGUCCGUAGACGACCCAUCGGCCAACGAGGAGAUCACCGAUGAUGGAACGCUGUGGGCCGACGAUGAGGCAGCGGCCACCUCUGCCGAUAAAAAUCGUGUAAGCACCGGUACUUCUGUAGCAAGUACGGAACGACGUAAAGAAGGAUUCCUUUUUGCCACCACGAAACCGCAGAAACCCACCACCGGCGGAGUAACAUGGCACAAGUAUUGGUGUGUGCUGAGCGCGGGCCAAUUACAUGAAUACUCCAACUGGAAACGGCACCUGGAAACGCAUAUUGACCCUAUCAAUCUGCGGUUUGCUACGGUUCGUGAGGCUCGUCAAACCGAUCGACGUUUCUGUUUUGAAGUCAUCACUCCUUAUCUGCGGCGGACCUACCAAGCGAUAUCGCAUGAAGAAAUGCUCAGUUGGAUGGCCACAAUCAAUAAUGCCAUUGAAAGUUUGUUGAAUGGAAUGAGCAGUUCGGUGGACAUGCUCAAAAAUAUGCAAGAAUCGGACUUGGAAGAAAAGGAAGGUUCACUGGCUUUGCGACCGUUGAGCGCGGCCAUUUGCGGUGGAAUAUCACCCAAGGAACGAAAGCGCAUCGCCGCUCAGUUGAGUGUCCCUCACUCCGGCUCACUAUCCAUUGACAGCGCCGAAUCCUCCACGACCGUGAGUGAACGCCUGCGAUGGUCAGGACUUAGUUUUGGUGGAAGCGUCAACACUGCUGAAGCGCGAUUCUCGUACAGCUCCACGGGAAAAUACGUUCCAUUAUUACCUUCGGAUGCCAUUGCCAAUACACGGUUGCUCACCGAAUUAAGAAUGGACUCUUCCAAUUUGAUUUGUGCCGAUUGUGACGCGAAAAAUCCAGAAUGGUGUUCACUCAACCUUGGUGUUCUCCUUUGUAUCGAGUGCUCGGGAAUCCAUCGCAGCUUGGGGACCCACAUUUCAAAAAUUCGCUCGCUGACUCUCGACAGCACUUCGUACACGCCGGAUAUCGUGGAAUUAUUACGUUCGAUGGGCAAUGAUCGAUCGAAUCAGAUUUGGGACAAACACAGCCAUAGCAAAGAUAAAUCGCACAAGCCCACUCCUACCGACAGUCGCGAAGUCAAGCUUCAGUAUAUCCAAGCAAAGUACGUUGACCGCAUGUUUGUCAAUAAAAAGGACGAUAAUGUCGAUCCGGCCGAGCUACUUUACGACGCGAUUGAACGCGACCAUAUCCCUGAUGCUAUUCACGCCAUUGCUCUGGGAGCCGAUGUGAAUCUCCCUCGCCCGAUUUCCAGACUUUCCAAACGCAUAUCACUCCUGCAAGACGAUUUGACCAUUUUCAGUAUACCAGAAGAACCUUUUACAGAUACCGAGAAAAAGAACGACCGUUCACCGAGUAAAGCCAUCGAUGACAUUUACGUCGUCCGAUAUCCCCUUCAUUUUGCGUUGUUGCAUCCAAGAGACGUGAUUCCUUUAGAACCGACGUCGCCAAACGAAGUAGAAGACGAUGCGAUUCGGAUACACGUAUUUCCUAUGGCCGAACUGCUGUUACAGAACGGAGCGGAUGGCGCCAUUGUCGAUCCUGCCGCUGGAUGCACGUUGGCCACAUUGGUCAGCCUAGGCUCGGUCGUGACGGAUGAUGCUAUUGCUUAUUUGAACUUUAAGAGUAAUGCUCGAGGCCAAUCGCCGGUGUUUCGAUUAAGCCUUCCGCCUUUACCCCGUUUAUCUUCUACGACAACCGUCUCUCCAUAAUCCCACGAAUAAGGCUGCAUUGACUUGCCCAAUUGAUUUAUCUAGCGGAUCGGAGGCAUAUUCAUUUACCCUAUUAUCACUAUCUUAAUCUAUUUAUUGAAUUUUACACGUAUAAAAUAACAAUAAAGCCCCCGAUCCUCCAAUAAUGGCA